AUGUCUGAUCAGACAGAAACAGAUCUGUCCUGUCCUGUCUGCCGUAAGAUCUUCACUGAUCCCGUCCUCCUGCUGUGCAGCCACAGCUUCUGUAAAGACUGUCUGCAGACCUGCUGGAGGCAGAGAGGCUCACAGCAGUGUCCAGUCUGUAGAGAAAUAUCUGAUUUAAACGAUCCACCGAGAAACUUGGUGUUAAAGAACCUGUGUGAGGCCUUCUUAUUGAAGAGACAGCAGAGAGUUUCUGAACCUCUGUGCAGUCGACACUCAGAGAAACUCAGACUCUUCUGUCUGGAUCAUCAGGAGCUGGUUUGUUCCGUCUGCAGAGACUCAAAAACACACACCAACCACAGGAUCAGACCUGUUGAUGAAGCUGCAAAAGAUCACAGAGAGGAACUCCAGAAAUCCCUGAAACCUCUGCAGGAGAAACUGGAGGCCUUUAACAGAGCUGAAGUACAGUUUGAUCAAACUGUAGAUCUCAUUGAAGUCCAGGCUGGAAACACAAAGAGGCAGAUUAGUGCAGAGUUUCAGAAGCUUCAUCAGUUUCUCAAAGAGGAGGAGGAGGCCAGGAUGGCUGCUCUGAGGGAGGAAGAGGAGCAGAAGAGUCAGAGGAUGAAGGAGAAGAUCCAGGCUCUGAACAGAGAGAGAUCAGCUCUGUCAGACACCAUCAGAUCCUCCCAGGAGAAGCUGAGAGCUGCAGACAUCCUGUUCCUACAAAACUACAAGGCUGCAGUGGAAGAGGUGCAGCAGCGCCCCCUGCUGGAGGAUCCACAGCUGCCCUCAGGAGCUCUCAUCGAUGUGGCCAAACAUCUGGGCAACCUGAGCUUCAACAUCUGGAAGAAGAUGGAGGAGAAGGUCUCCUACAGUCCUGUGAUUCUGGAUCCCAACACGGCUCAUGAGGAUCUGAUGGUCUGUGAUGAUCUGACCGCUGUGAGAGGAGGAGGGAGGCAGAAGCUUCCAGAUAAUCCAGAGAGGGUUAAAGGUCACAGCAUCGUCCUUGGAUCAGAGGGCUUCGAAUCAGGAUCUCACUGCUGGGAUGUUGAUGUGACGAAUAAUAACUGCUGGAGCGUCGGUGUGACGACUGACACAGACCAAUUGACUACAUACAGAGAAAUACGUUUCAGUGUGGAUCUCACUUUGACCAAGAAGUUGACCAGGGUCAGAGUUCAUCUGGACUGUGACAACAAGAAGCUGUCAUUCUAUGAUCCUGACACCAACUCACACAUUUACACCUUUGCAGUCCUGAGCUCCACCUCGCUGAGCAUCAGAACCUCGCUGGCUGACAGAGGACAGACGCUGGUUGAAGAUCCAUCCCACAGCAGAGUGUGA